CCAUCCCACCAACCAACUCACCAUUCAUCCAUCUGUUUAAUCAACUGGCGUUCCAUCCAUCCAUCCAUCCAUCCAUCUAUCUAUCUAUCUAUCUAUCUAUCUAUCUAUCUAUCUAUCUAUCUAUCUAAUCAACUAAUCCAUCUAUCCAUCCAUCCAUCCAUCACUUGCACACCCCUCUUCAUGGCUGAAUGAACUGUUAAUCUGGAGGGGGUGGUCAUUGCCACAUGCUCUACCAUUGAGGCAUAAGAACAAUGAUAGAUGGACCACCCAAGCCUAUAUCUCCCCCUCUCUCCCAUCCCCGAUGGUUUGCCCCAGCUCUCUCUCUCUUUCUGUAGAGCAUGCUGCAGUAUAAGUUAGAGGCUGUGUUGCUGUACUCACAUAUACUCUCUCUCUAUCUCUCUCUCUCUCUCUCACAUUCACAGCAGUGUGUGUGCUCAUGAGCGUAAAUCCUCUUACUCUUGGAUGAUGCCCAGGACAGAUUAGACGGCGACGCAACCAUUUUAUCUGACCAGUGUGCCAGAAAAUGCUGCUCUAUGUCUCCUCUUCUUCCUCUACCUCACCACUCUCUUUUCUUCUCUACCUUGGCUGCCAUCACUCCAGUGCACCUGCCUCCUCAUCUUCUUGAGUCUUUCUUCAUCCUGCACUCUGCUCUCCUCCACUGGCAACGCUCCCAGUCCUACCUCUCUACUCUCUCUCUGCUGCUGGUGUUCUCACUGUCUAUUGAUGAGAUGACCGGGCUAAAAGCCUGAGGGAGGCAAGAACAAAAAGACAACAAAAGAAAGGAAAGUGGAGGGACAGAGGAACAAGAAGAAGAAGAAGAAUAGAUUCUUUACAUGAAGAUAAGGGGGGGGUCGGUACAGUCGUAAAAGUGGAUGAGAAAGGGACAGAGAGGAAGAGUGAUAGGUUGAACUGCACUCAGCCCAGAGAAAGCGAGAGAAAGCCAAAGAAAGAGAGAGGGAACAGUGGGAGCCCUGGAGAGAGGGGGUCAUGAAGGCUCUGCUACUGUUGGUUCUGCCCUGGCUAAGUCCAGCAAACUACACUGACAAUGUGGGCAACCUGCACAUCCUCUACUCCGAACUGUGUAAAGGAGCAUCACACUACGGCCUCUCCGCUGAGAGAAAGCGGCGCUCUCAAGAGGGGGAUUGCACAGACAGCACCUCGGAGCUCACUUUGGCAGCAUUGCCUGGGGACGGCUGCCCCUCCUCUGCUAUCACCCUCCUAUCAGAUGAGCAUGGCCUGGUUAACCCCGCCUAUGAGCCCAGUGUGGAAGACAACAGCCAGUCAGGGAGCACCACCAGCCUGGCAGCACGCAGUUGUUCAAGGAAGAGUGAGUAUCGUAACUUUGAUCGAACAUCGGUGCGCAGUCGGUCUUUUCGCCGCUUGAAUAGAGCGUUCAGUGUCCUGAGGAGGACCAAGAGUGGGACAGCAGUGGCCAAUGAGACCACAGAGGAAAGAGACAACCUUAGAAAUACCAACAUACCACCAGAGGUAUUUGCAUUACCUCAGCUGCAUCAUCUCAUCCCCGAUGGAGAGGUUACCAGUAUUAAGAUCACCAGGGUGGAUCCUUGUGAACCACUGGCUAUCAGCAUUGUCGGGGGCAACGAGACCCCUCUUGUCCGAAUCCUCAUUCAGGACAUCUACAGAGAGGGGGUCAUUGCUCGUGAUGGAAGACUGCUGCCUGGAGAUAUGAUCCUCAAGGUGAAUGGUAUAGACAUCAGUAAUGUGCCUCACUGUUAUGCCGUGGCAGCUCUUAAGCAGCCCUGCACACUGUUGCGGUUGACUGUACUGCGGGAGCAGCGCCACCGUUACCGAACCCACCACCACUCCCCCACCGAGGCCUUCCCCACCCAUACCACCACCAUCCGAGAUGACAGCCUACACGUGGUCCUCGUUAAGAGGGCCCCAGACGAGCAGCUGGGCAUCAAGCUGGUGCGCAGGCCAGAGGAGCAUGGCGUCUUCAUCUUCCAUCUACUAGAGGGGGGGCUAGCCGCCCUUGACGGAAGACUGAGGGUGGAUGACCGCGUGCUGGCUAUCAACGGGCAUGACCUGAGAUAUGGUGCCCCUGAGCAUGCCGCGCUGCUUAUACAGGCAAGUGAGGACCGUGUCCACUUCAUUGUGUCCCGUCAGACUCACAUCCCUACUCCAGACAUCCUGCAGGAGGCACCGUGGAACAUGGAGGGACCACCACCCUACUCACCUGUGGAUAUUGAGCAAUCAUUAUUGGACUCAUGCCAGAAGCCUGCAUGUUACGAGAAGACAGUGACUCUGUUGAAGGAGCCGCAUGAUUCGCUGGGUAUGACGGUUGCUGGUGGGAUGAGCAGCAGGGGGUGGGACCUGCCUGUUUACAUCACCAAUGUCGACCCCAACGGAGUGGUGGGACAGGAGGGCUCAAUCCGCAAAGGUGACAUCCUGCUGAAUGUGAAUGGGGUUGACCUGACGGGUGUUACUCGGAGCGAGGCUGUGGCUAACCUGAAGAACACCUCAUCCCCGGUGGUCCUGCAGGUGCUGGAAAUGAGACCCCCGAAUGAGAGCUCACUGGACUGUAUGCCCCCACUGCAUUCCCCCUGUGCUCUUUCACCCUCAUCUCCAGGAGACAUCAAACUACCCCCGCCUAAUGAUGAUUACGCUCCCCUCUGGGUGUCGUGGCUCCAGCUGCCCAGGCAUCUAUAUGGCUGUAAGGACAUUGUCCUCCGCAGGAGCACGUCUGGCAGCCUGGGUUUCAGUAUUGUGGGUGGACAGGAAGAACUCAACUGUAACCAGUCCUUUUUCAUACGCUCCAUAGUAGAGGGCACGCCCGCCUACAAUGAUGGCAGGAUACGAUGUGGGGAUAUACUGCUGGAGGUGAACGGGACGAGUACCUGGGGAAUGACACACACGUCUCUGGUGCGCCUUCUCAAAGAGCUUAGGGGCCGGAUCACUCUCACCAUUGUUUCAUGGCCUGGAAGCCUGUUAUAGGACAACUCUGCAUGGGGGAGGGGCUUAAAACUCAGGGGUGGAGCUUAUAAUACAGACCGUAUAAUGACAACAAAUGGUGUAUUUGAGUAUAAAAGACUUCAUUGAUAGGCGGGGCUUAUUAAAUGAACUGCCCCAGGAAGCGAGAAAUGACAAAUGGACCUCAACCAGCUACUAGGAGCUUGCACAAACUCUACAGAUGAAGGCUGAGCUAAUGAUAUGACUCCAGCCCCAAGAGGCAUGUUUAUCAAACAGACUCCAAAAUCAAGAGUCGCUUUAAUGAUUUCCCAAGGCAUAGAGAUGAUAGCUGGCAAUGAGAAAAGUGCAUGACAGGAACAACCUGUCCAGUUUUUUGUGGAAAGUGGAGCUACUAAAAGGCUGGGAGGGUCUAAAACACAAAAUAAGGAUAAAGGAGUUGGAGAAUCACUCUGAUGAUACAUUGAGGAGUGUGUCUGUCAAUAAAUGAGUCAGAAAUAGUUGUAUAAACAUUAUGGGCACUGUGCUAUAGGUAGUCAUAUUGUGUGACUCUUAUAUUGUUUCUUCAAGGCAGGGAUAGGGGAGAGAAGUUUGUGAGGAGUUGGACGAUAGGUGUGUGGUAUAUAUAGAGUCUGGGUGGAGGACACACACGUUGCCAAUCCCAUUAGUUUUACAUGUUAGAAAAUGCAUUGAAGUGGAUGCACAUUUCUUAAAUAUAAAUGUUGGUAUCUAUAAAAAGAUAACGAAACAAACUCAAGCACUUGUUCUGUGACUAAUAUAACUUUGGUUUCUUUUUCUCUCCGUUCCUAUGGCUUUCGGAUUUCAGCUUCGUUUCGUUUGUUCUGACACAUUUGCCAAGUCUAUGUUGGUACGUUUCAGAUGCUGUUGCGAAAGAAAAUAAACUAUAGUGAAUAAUAAUAAAAAAGAAUAGCAACUGAAAUAAGAAGACAAAGCAAUGUUCAUAAUCUAUUUUAAAAAUGGAAGAUAAAUUAUAAUGCUUAUAAAAACGUGAUAUUUUGGCAGCCUUGCUGAUUUUUUUUUACUUUUAUGUAAAGGAGAAAGUGAUGUAUGAAUGGCACACUGUGUGUUUCUGAGAGAGAGAGAGAGAGAGCGAGAGAGAUAGUGAGUGUGUGUCGGUAUCAUUGUGGGCAUCUCAUGCUUUGGCUUGUGCAGUAUACUGUACAUGUUGUUACCUUUGGUUCAAUGAUCAAUAAAGUCAUUCUACAAGGAGA